UUGCUCUCGAGGCUCUCGCGGGUCAGCAGAAUGAAGAUGGCUGCCGAACAAGUAGAAGCGAUGAAUAUGGUGAAGGCCUUCAGGGUGUCUGACCUGCAGACCCUGUUGGCCUCCAUGGGCCGCAGCAAGAGUGGCCUGAAGCAGGACCUGGUGAUGCGGGCGCUCAAGAUGGUGCAGAGCGAGUGUAGCCCGGAGCUGCUGAAGAGCGUGCGGCAGCUCUACGAGACGCGCUUCCCCAAGUCGGCGGGCUGGCUGGCGGCGCGCCGGCCGGAGGCCGUGCCCGUCAACUACUCGUCGUCCAUGGGCUCGGCCGCCCGGAGCCUGACUCAGUCGUCGCAGGGCGCCUCCGACUACCUCAACGGGGGCAGCUUGCCCAAGCAGGCCGUCGCCCCAUUGGCCGAGGUCAAGCUGGUGUCGCUGCCUUUCUACCACACGCUGGAGACUCUCCUGCCACCCACAGAACUGAUUGCGCAGAAUAAUGAGAAGCUGCAGGACAGUCAAUGCAUAUUCGAGCUCACACAAAGUCAAGUGGAUCAGAUCAGAAACUCAACUGAACAUCGACCAGGCAUAAAGUCAGUCCAGGUCGUCCUCAGAAUUGUUUAUACAGACUCCAUUGGUGUUCAAGAAGAUCAAUACCCCCCAAAUAUUGCUGUGAGAGUCAACCAGUCUUUUUGCCAUGUACCGGGUUACUACCCCUCUAAUAAGCCAGGCGUGGAGCCUCGUCGCCCCUGCCGCCCCAUCAACAUCACUCCCUGGCUGCACCUCUCCACCACCACCAACAGAGUCACCAUCACGUGGGGAAACUUUGGCAAACGCUACUCUGUGGCUAUAUACCUAGUGAGGGUCUUCACCUCAGCAGAACUCUUCAAUCAGCUCAAGCACGGUUCAGUGGAGAGUGCAGAACGCUGUCGUGAGCGCAUCCAAGACAAGUUACGCUUCGAUCCAGAGAGUGAGAUUGCCACCACAGGGCUGAGAGUUUCCCUCAUUUGUCCACUGGUGAAGAUGCGCCUGGGGGUGCCGUGUCGGGUGCUCACCUGUGCACACCUGCAGUGUUUCGACGCCGUCUUCUUCCUGCAGAUGAACGAGAAGAAGCCCACCUGGACCUGUCCAGUCUGUGACAAGCCUGCUCCCUUUGAGCUCCUCACCAUUGACGGGUUACUGUCGGAGAUCCUGAAGCAGACAGAGGAGGAGGUGGAGGAGAUCGAGUACCUGACUGACGGCUCUUGGAGACCAAUCGGAGACGAGCGAGAUAAAGACAAAGACCGGGAGCGCAGCAACACGCCCGUCUACCCGCUGGUUGACAUAUGUGCCUCCGAGGUAAACGGCCACUCUCCCGCCCACAGCAGCACCAGCCAGUCGGCCAAGUCGGGCUCGGGCAGCGCGGCGGCGCCGGCCGCGUCGGGUGUGGUGGUGGACCUGACGCUGGACGACUCCUCGGACGAGGAGAACGCUAACGGAGGCGGCGGCGGCGGAGCAGACACCACGGACACAGACGACAGUCAGGGCAGCCCCUCGCCCAAGAGAGGCCGAUACAACUACGACAAGGACUUAGUGACUGCCUAUUGAGCUGCCUAGGGCCACCGCCUGGCAAGACUGACAAUUCCUUUGGUGUGUUGGAGGGAGGGAGGGUGGCGAGAGGGGGAGACGGCCUCAACGUUUGAGCAAGGAGGUUUGUUUUUGAGGGUGGAGGGGCAAGUCUCUGGAAACGACUCCCUCUAGCCACCCCAACCACCCCAGCUCGUCACCAAUCAUUGUGGAGACACGUGCAGACAUUUGUACACACACACACGCGCACACACACACACACACACACACACACACACACACACACACACACACACUCUGACUGACCCACACCCAAAUGCACACACCUACUACACGCACUGUAAAACCUCUGGGAGUGGCUGUGCUUCCUUUCCGUCUUCACCACUGGAAACCAUCGGAGCAGCUCCCUGUCCCUACUCCACUCGCCCCUUCCCCUCCCUCCCCUCCCCACUCCACUCCAUCUCCAAGACACAAACAAGCAAGCUGUUUUGAGCUCCCCUCUUCUGCUGUAUCCUCCCUUUAAACAGAGACGAUAAAAACAAUAAGCGCCGUCAACUCUCCUUUGCCCCCUUCCUCCCCUCCCCCUCUCUUUGCUCUUUUUUUUUAUUUUAUUUUUAUAGUUCGUGCUGGACAUGACUGCUCUAUGUGAGCUCUCUGAAGGCGGCAGCAGGCACGGCAAAAUCUGACUAUCCCCUGCGCGCACCACCACCAUCACCCACACCAAACAUCCAACGAACCAGCCCCCAGCAUCCCUUCCUCAUCUGUGACUGUUCCUAGGUCAACGUGUUUAGCAGCAAAACAAACGCAAGUGUGGACUUGUGUGUCACCUCCCAGUGUUUUUAGGCUUGAUCUCUUUUCUUUUCUUUUAUCUCAUUUUGUCACCGUAUUCGCCCCCACCCCUCCCAAUCUUUUAGUUAUUACGAUUCUCUUUCAAGCCGUAGUAGCUAAUAAUAACCUACCUCAAUUCAAAUCGCAAACUUGACCGCAGAUAGUUCUUAGAAAGCUUUUGAGGGGUGACUUUAUGCUCCAUUGUAUCAGCAGCUAGGCUUAGAGUUGAUGAGGCUCUUUACUCUUUUACUUUCCUUUGGUUUCCUGUCCUGUUCCUUUCGUUCUACUCCACCUUGUUUAUCAGCUAGCUUGGGGUUGGGAUAACAGGAACCUGAUCGACCAAGGGGAAGUUACGUGGGCUGUCCGAAUGCUAAGGCUGUCUUCUUUCUGAGACUACCAUCCAGUGGCAGUGACAGUGGCACUGGCGGCCAUCUUAGCCUAAUAGAGCAAAUCAGACAAAAACAAAAAAAAACACUUUCUUUUUCCGAGGCCCUUGUUUGUGGUGGCAAGACGUGUUUUUACAUGUUUGAGUAACAAGGAGUUGUCAAAUGUGCAGGAGUCAGUUGUAAUUUUUUUUUUCAAGGCUAGAAUGUAUCAGGAGAGAGCAGAGGAGGGGGCUGAUGGCGGGUUGGAGAGGCUACAUGCAGAGAGCAGGCAGAGACGGGAAGCUUGAAUUUCAUGCCUAUAACACAGGUUGGUCCUGGAGGGUUUGUCUGCAGAAGCAGUGAAGGGGAGUGGCGUGUACAGUAGGAGGCCUACAACUGGAGCUUUUUAUAGUGGUUGGGGAAGGGGAGGAAGGAAGGUGCAUUUGUGUGCGGUUGCAUCUGUGGGGUGUAGGCUCCAUGUCUGGUGGUGCAGUUUGGUUCGAAAAAUGCGGUCCUCCCUCUCUGCAAAAGUAAGAGUCCGACACAUGAUGAGCUGACUGGUUAUUUUUGUUUGUUGCCAUUGUUCAAUUUUAUUUGUUUAUGUUCUUUUAAAAUGAUUCAGGUUGUGCUGAAGAGGAGGGCCCUGUCUUCUGUGCCUGGUAUUCAGGAGGGUGCAGAAUGUGGGCUGCCAUGAUGCACAAAGUGUACAUGUGUCUUUUUUAAAUGUUUUCUGUCCAGUCGGAAAAAUCUAUAUAUUUAUUGACCAUUUCUCCAAUCACGGUUUCAAUUUUUGGCUUUCCCAGAAAAGACAGCAGGUGUUAUUUGCACACGUGUCAUUUGAGGUUGCAAUGCUCUAUCCGUAGCCUCCCUCCCCACCACCACCACACUCCACUCUGCCACUGGCAGAGGAGAGGAGAGGGGAUGUACACGUACAUGGCUUUGAGCUGGGCUUGAGUGAGUCUGCUGUUGCUUUUCCCCUGCAGUACGCUGGCAAUUAGAUGCCGUUUGGCUUCUCUGCUGUCCUCUGGUUGCUUCCUCGCAACAUGUUGCUUUUGUUUGUUUGUUUGUCUGGACCUGGCAUUUGUAAGCAGAUCGAAACUUUUGUUUUUUUCUCUCCCCUGGAAGGCGGCACCCUGACUUGUACAAUGUUUUAAGUUGAACUCCCAGCGUGGAAAAUAAAUAAAAAGAAUUUAGAACUUGCAUGAGAGUUGGUGGGCCUUUUCUUUCUUUUAACCCUCUCCGGCUCAGGUAGGACUGGUGUAGUAGAUGCAACCCCAGACGCUACCUUGGAACCUGGUUAGAAGGGGCUGGGGAUGAGUUAGAACUUGCUUUCCCUUGUCUCCCUCUAUUUAUUUUUUUUUGUGUGGGACAGAAUCUGCACGUCAUCACUUUACUAGACCAGACAUCUCAACUGGCUUCAAAUCUCUGUUGGUAUUUUAGUUUGAAUAUGAAGGCCUCCAUCUCUGAUUUACUGGAUUUGUCCUUGUUCUCCUCCUCCUCCUCCUAGCCUCUUGAGCACUGCCUGUGUUUUUUUGGUAGGGCUUCAUAGAGCCUCCAGCCUCUGUUCUCACCAUAUUUGCUUUCUGCAUUCUGAAACUGACCUGAGCACAGACUUGAAUAGGCACUCAGUACUGUAAUGCAGCGUUUUUGUUUUGAGUUAAUAACUGAAUAGGGAGAAUGUUUUGGAGGGAUGUUGAGGAGCACAUCUGACAGCUCAAGUCUUCCAUUUUGGUGGAAUGGUCAUUGUGAGGCCUGGCUGAACAUGAAUGGUUAAUAUUUUGUGUUUGGACUGGUAGCAAGCUCGUUGAUCAGCUGGCCCAUGACUCGAAUAUUUAACAAGAUUGACACGUUCUCACAAGCGAAGGGGGACAAAUAUGUACGUAGGAUUUUUUUGUUUUGUUGUCUCAAGUCAGUCUUACCAGGGGAAAUCAGCCAAUGCGAUUUUAUAUCAGGAUUCAGUAAGUUAUUAUAGCCUGUUGUAGGCAAUUGUGAGCCAUGGAAACCCCUGUCAGGGAUACGGUUAGGGUGCUUCAAUACUGCUGUGAGGAAGAGCAAGCUUUGAUUUGUGUUCAUGAUUUUCAGGACCCUAAAAUGAAACCACACAUCAAUAACAUACAAAUCACCUACUGCACUCAGCUUGUGGCUGACGAGUUAGCACUGCUUUCUAGAAGUUUAAAUCCAGGCUUUGAGUCAUGCGUCAUGGCUUUGUGAAGGCCCCGUAGCUGUGUAUAGGGAGGCCCUGUGUCACUCUGCCCUCUACUGGAGAAACCAAACGGCUGCAAGGUCUCUUUCCAAUUGCAAGUUGCAAGAUCAAAAUCUUAAGCUGUGCUGGCACAUAAGCACAGGCUGGGGAGAGGUGCCAUGACAUGCAGUUAAGUUCUCAUCGCACAACUCUAAACUUUUACACGGGAAUCUGUACGUUUGACAGGUCAAAUAAUUUGCGUCUUACAGUCUGUUUAAAAAAAAAAACAUUUGCAAGAUGUGAAUUGAAAAUGUUUCUAAUGGUUUGAUUUGAAGGUCAAUUCACGAAUGCAAAUUGUAUGCUUGUUUUCUCACUUUUAAGACUGAGUAUUUGCUUCAUAGAAUGUCAUCUGUGGUCGAACUGAACCAGACAGGGCCUGCUGGGGUCGUUGAAAACGUUGGAGAUCAUUUAGGAACCAGAGGGAAGUUGGUGGCACAUCCCUUUUCCUUACAGUGCUUUAGGUAGCAUGGACAGUGGCUUGCAAUCCUUGAUGUAAAUGUUUUUUGUUCAUUGUGUCUUUUUAUAUGUUCAUAUUAAAAGCCAAUAAAAAAAGACAAAUAUUUUAUCAAGAUUUGAAAUGCCUCCAAUUGUUAAGUUGCGUAAGUUCAGACAUGACUCCUCAAUGCCACUGUACAUGUCGGAUACUGUUAGAGCAUGGGUGGGGUUGGGAAACUUGAGCAAAGAGGUUGGGGAAGGAGAUCUGAUUCCAUUGUCUAUUGUUGAAAUGGCUGAGAAAUGUAAAUCUGAAAAAUCGUAUUCUAACAUCUGUCAUUUAAUGUGUGCAAUUGAUUAAACUGAUUUUAAAAUCUA